CUUCGAUGAUUCCAAGUCACAAGUAUCUCAAGAUAUAAUUCGAUUACGCCAACUUCACAGAGAACAAGUCUCAAUCGGCUCCACACAAAGACUCUCCUUCCACCUCGUUGACUACUCGUUGUAGUUCAAAACAAUGCGCUUAUAACGGGCGCUCAUAAAAGAAAUAGACUUCUUUGUCUGGAGGAUUCUGGACAAUUAGCGAACCGUCACUCGCUCCUAUAGAUUCCGUCUCAUUCUCUCUUUUCUCCUCGACGAAGGCAACUGAACUCGAUCAAAACAACUGAAACUCGGCCACAACAACUAGACUCGGCUCAAGGCAACUGAAUCGUUCUUAUAUUUAUACACGAAGUCAAACAUUUCAUUAAGACUGUACUCAGAUUAGAAGACAAUGUCAUUAAUGCGGCGCCGGAUCGCUGCUCUCGGAUCACUAACACCCUCGCCCAUACUAGCCCUACGAGACAUGCCUGGAACAACACAAACAGAAGAGGUCGCUGAUGCGGCCGCCACGAUCGCGCCUUAUGCUACUGGUCUAGCAGGUGUCAAUCAGCCCGUAAACAUGAUCUUGAAAGAUGCUCUAUGGUGGUCGCUAGGUAUACUCGCAUUAAUCGUCCUCUCUGUGAGGCUUCUAGAAAUCGGCUGGAACAAAUUACGGCAUGUUUCUGCCAUGUCGAGGCCAGCAGAUCAGCAAGGAUACUGGAAGUCGUCACAGUGGAGCUGGAUGCCUAGUUUGAAGAAGAAUUUGAUUUACGCUCCUCUCUGGCGGAAGCGUCACAAUCGAGAAAUCCGACUCUCUUCAGCCGUCAGUAUCGGAACCUUACCAUCCCGUCUUCAUUUCAUCAUCCUCGGCCUUUAUCUACUCAGCAACAUCGUCUACACGUUCUACCUGGACUGGUCUCAACCAAAUGGCUAUGCCUUAGCGGCUGAAAUUCGAGGUCGAUCAGGCACUCUCGCAGUAGUCAACAUGGUGCCCCUAAUCAUCCUGGCUGGACGAAAUAACCUACUCAUACCUCUUCUGCAAGUUAGUUUCGAUACAUACAACCUUCUGCAUCGAUGGAUGGGCCGUAUAGUAGUAGUAGAAGCUGUGGUCCACACGAUUGCUUGGGCCUAUGUUCAAGUCGCCGCAGCAGGAUGGCAUAGUCUCAACGAGAAGAUUCUGUAUGAGACGUUUAUCGCCUCCGGUUUCAGCGGUACCCUUGCCCUAGUAAUCCUCUUCAUUUUGUCUCUAUCUCCAAUCCGCCAUGCCUUUUAUGAGACAUUCCUCAAUGUUCACAUCAUCCUGGCUUUCAUCAUCUUCGCCACGACUCUCAUUCACUGCACCUCAGCUGCUAUCCCCGGCGGUUUGCCACAGCUUCCGUAUAUGAUUGCUAUAUUUCUUUUAUGGUUCUUCGAACGACUGGCUCGCAUGUUUCGCCUCGCUUACAACAAUUGGACGUCUCGACGCGGUUUCACUGAAGCGGUAAUAGAAGCCAUGCCAGGCGACUGUACCCGUGUUACGAUGCAUCUACCUCGAUACCUUGACGUCGCCCCAGGCACUCAUGCAUACGUGCGCUUCAUGGGAGUCAACCCUUGGGAGAACCACCCUUUCUCCAUCGCAUGGAUUGAGCACCACCCGGAUCACGCAGAUGAGACACUAGAGAGGGAAAAAGGCCAGAGCCUCGCCGCCCUUCAUAGAGGCACAACGUCCGUCUCGUUCGUCAUCGGCGCACACACGGGCUUUACUCGACAAUUGUUCGACAUGGCGAGCAGAAGCGGGACUCGUUCAAUGCGAAUCAAGGCAGCUAUGGAGGGGCCCUACGCCGGCCACCAUUCCCUCGAUUCAUACGGCCACGCUGUGCUCUUCGCCGGCUCGACAGGUAUCACCCAUCAACUUUCGUACCUCAAACCAUUAAUACAAGGCUUCAAUGACGGAACCAUCGCCACAAGGAGGGUUACCCUGGUAUGGGUCAUGCGCGAUACGGAAGCGCUCGAGUGGGUACGCCCGUGGAUGGAUGAAAUCCUGCGUAUGCCGAGACGGCGAGAGAUCCUUAAUAUUCGACUCUUCGUCACCCGACCAAAGAACUCCAAGGAGAUCGUUUCCGGCUCCAGCACCGUCCAGAUGUUCCCUGGUCGACCGGGCAUAUCGACCAUUAUACAGAGAGAGGUGGAGCAGCAGGUCGGCGCCAUGAUAGUUACAGUAUGCGGCCCUGGUGCACUUGCCGAUGAUGUAAGACAAGCAGUAAGAGAAGUUCAAAGUAUAGGAACGGUUAUAAAUAUGGUAGAGGAGAGCUUUACAUGGUGAACGCUGUUACAAGGCAGCUACAUGUAUAUAAGUAUCCCCUUCAUCCCAUAGGUAGAUAGUUCUGUAGGCUACAACAGAGUUGUUACCUGGACCCUACGUUCAUUACCACUUGUACCUCCCUUAUGACCUCCCUUGUUACCUCUGUGACCUACGUGUGACCUAGGGUCACCUUAUAACAGUUUAUAGCCUUUAUAUAAUAUUCGUUUCUUUGCUUUAACUAACUUUACAG